AUGACCCUUGUCCAGCCGCAGGCGGGAAAACCCGAGCAUCUGGACGAAGCGUUCCGUAACAUGCCCAUAGUGUCGCCGGCACCUACUCCAUCCGAGCCUAUCACCGCAUCUCCCCAGAGUCCUCCCGUGGUUCUGGAAGAAGAAAGAAGGAAGUUGCCGAUCCACGAUAAGUUGCCUGUGGUGCGCUGUAUCGCUCGGGCCAGAAUACCCACCGUCCAGGGGCCCGAGAUCUUUCUACAUUUGUACGAAAACGACGUCGACAAGAAGGAACACUUGGCCAUAGUUUUUGGCGAGGAUAUCAGAUCAAAGACGCUCUUCCAACAGAGACCAGGCGAGUCCCAGCAGGACAGAAUGACACGUGGCGCCUACGUGGGCAAGUUGUUCCCGGGAAGGGACGCCGCAGACAGAGACGACAGAACGGGCCAGGAGUUGCAUUUCGACAUGGACGGUAACUUGAUCCGGGAGCCGGAAACGACGUUUGACGGCCAGGUGAUGGCCAGAAUCCACUCAGAAUGCUACACUGGCGAAACGGCGUGGUCAGCACGUUGUGACUGUGGAGAGCAGUUCAACGAGGCUGGCAGGCUUCUUGGUGAGAACGGUCACGGGUGUAUUGUGUAUUUGAGACAGGAGGGCCGUGGAAUCGGCCUUGGCGAGAAGUUGAAGGCCUAUAAUCUCCAGGAUUUGGGCGCCGACACCGUCCAGGCGAACUUGCUCUUGAGGCAUCCUGCCGAUGGAAGACUGUUCCUGUUGGCUACGGCCAUCCUUGUGGACUUGAACCUCUUGGAGAUCAAGCUCUUGACAAACAACCCCGACAAGAUCAUCGCCGUUGAGGGCAUGAACAGAGACGUGAAGGUGGCCGAGAGAGUGCCCAUGGUGCCUUUGGCGUGGAGAACACUGGAGGGCAUCAAGUCGAAGGAGAUUGAGGGCUAUCUCAGUGCCAAGAUUGAGAGAAUGGGGCACUUGCUUGAGAAGCCCAUCAGGAUAUGA